AUGGCCUCGGUGCUCCAUUAUCUCGGGUGGGCUGUCCUGCCUAAUUACGCAACGGCGCUUCUCCAGACUGUUUACUAUGGCAUUACUGUUCGCGCCGGCUCCCCUCGCCCUAUGCCAGGAACCCCGCGUCAUGAUCUCCAUCGUCGCCGUAUCUUUAUUUUCGUGGUCACGAGCUACCUCCUCUACACGCUGUACGAAACCUUCCACCAAGUGCAGGUUGCGGGAGACUUUUACCAAGCGCUGGGAGUAUCACCAUUCGCCGAUGAGCGCACGAUCAAGUCGAAGUUCCGCCGACUAGCCGCCCAGCAUCACCCUGAUAAGAUCGGCCCGGACGGCGGCGCAGAGGUAUACUUCAUGUACCUGCGUCAAGCUCAGGAAACGCUCGCGAACCCAGUCAGGCGAUUCGCGUACGACCGCUUCGGUCCCGACAUGCUCAGCUGGGGUGAGCAAAAGACCAUGGGCGACUUUAUCACCGUGUCAUUCACCCGGUCUCUUGUCCCGCAUUACGUCGGUGGUUUCGUGACCAUGCUGGUGCUGAACUGGCUGUGGUGGGCCAACUGGGGACGCUACUGGCGCUUCUAUACCUUUGCCGCCAUGCUAACCCUUGAACUCGCGCUUAUCACCCACCCCCAGGCCGUGUUCAUGCCCGCGACCUAUCUUCCCACAUGGCUACGGGCCUGGAUGCCAGAGCCGGCCUUCCACCUUCUCCCCUUCCAGACAUUAACUCUGGCCCGUCGCGCCUCCAUUCUACUACACAUCUUCAUCUCCCAGAUCGCUCCGCCAAGCGCCCGCGCACCCGGCGGUGGAGACAAGAUCUCGCCGCAGACCAUGCAGCGAAUGGGCCAGCUGGUAGUAGCAACGCGCCAGGCAGAUCUCGAGGCAACGCGGGUGCUGCAGGUCGGCCUGGCGCCGUUCCGCGGUGAUCGCGAGAGCGUGUCUGCGCUGCGUCGCGGCAUGAAAGAGGGGCUGAUUUUGGGCGGAGUGCGCUCGAGUGCCGAGGUGCAACGCGCCGUCGCGCAGGUCGUGGAACGGCGCAAGAUGGAAAGCCAGAGGAAAGUUGAUUAG